GCAAUCAUUGCGAAACAAAUUGCAAACGGAUUGGCGUUGCAAACGGAAGUGUAAUCUGGCGCUGUCUCGAUUGGGAAAAUCGAGGAUUUCUUUGAUCGAACGGAUUUGUAGAACUCGUUGUGUCAAGUGCGUGUGUUUCUUUUCGCUCAGUGUGUCAACGACUGUAUCAGCCUAUACACAUCUAUACCUGAGGGGUGCAUAUGGGUUGUGAUUCAACAGAGCACCCCCGUAUAGACAGACCGAGAAUCCGGUGAACCGAUAAUUGGAUAAUUAGUGAAUCAGACAUUAUAAGAGAUCUGCUUUAAAUUUGCUCAGUGGCAAUUUUGUAAUUUUACAGUUCGGGCUCGGUAGCUUCGCGGAAUUUAACUGGUUCGAAGAGUCACGCAAAUAGUUGAUACAUAUUUAUCCAUUUAUUUUGUUUCGCACUGUUGCUUUUGGUAUUGUGUAGAAAGAAGUGAUUGUGAAUUAUUUCUAUUUCAUUUUUCGAUAUAUUACUGGCUCAAAUCAGGUGUUUAAGUGUCUGUGCCAUUGCGAGGAAGUAGUUUUUAAUUGCAAGAAGCCACUCUGUAAGAGCUUCAUUGUGAGAUCAGGAAGAAAGGAGAACGCAUUCGGACCCCAAAGGACAGCUUUACUCACCGUGGAGCGACAACAGCAACUGUGACACAAUGAGAACGAAAGUUAGUCCGGACGGAUCGUACGUCAACGAGGCGAUGAGCUGUUCCAGCUUAAACAUAGCAAUGCCCGCCGGGGAGCCACAUGGUGGUUUGACGGGAUCCAAUGAAUUUAUAUUAUCACCGAGUGGAAAGAAGAUCACCGCAGAAAGCCGCGUGGAGGAGGUUAAUCAAUGGUGCCAGCGCAAAGCCAAAAGUGCCUGCUCUAGAAAGAUGAUGUACAAAAGAUUGCCCAUACUACGAUGGCUACCGAACUACAGUGCAACAGAUGCGAUUGGGGAUUUAGUGGCGGGAAUAACCGUUGGCCUUACUGUGAUUCCUCAAGCGCUUGCCUAUUCCGGUAUUGCCGGGCUUCCAGUAGCCUACGGCCUUUAUGGUUCCUUUCUCGGGUCUAUCGUCUACAUAUUCCUCGGCAGCUGUAAAGAUGUUCCGAUGGGUCCCACUGCCAUUGCGUCCCUGCUAACGUAUCAAACUGCGCGGGGAAAUGUGGCCAAAUCUAUACUUUUGUGUUUCCUAACCGGAAUCGUUGAAUUGGUGAUGGGUUUGUUUGGACUGGGAUUCCUAGUGGACUUCGUGUCUGGACCCGUAUCAUCCGGUUUCACUUCCGCCGUGUCGUUGAUCAUAGUAACGUCUCAGAUUAAGGAUGUGCUUGGAAUCACGGCUAAGGGAAGUACCUUCCUGGAAAUGUGGCAGUCGAUCUUCGCUGAUAUGCACAACAUUCGUGCGUGGGAUACAGUGCUAGGAAUAACGUGUAUUGCUGUUUUACUGAUCAUGAGGAUUGUCGCUGGUUUGAAAGUGGGUCCUGACGAGGAUGAGCUCAAGUCAAAGAAGCAUCGUUUUGUUAACAAAUUUAUGUGGCUCAUUGGAACGUCCCGUAAUGCAAUUCUCGUGGUGGUAUGCGGAGCCAUUGGAUACGUUUUUCAGUCAUCGGCUGCGGCACCGUUUAAACUUAUUGGAGAUAUACCACCAGGAAUGCCGUCUUUUGAACCACCACCAUUUUCGCUGAACGCCAACCAAUCCUCGCUUGGACGGGAGGAAUCUUUUUCGGAGGUUGUAUCCAGUUUAGGAUCCGGAUUGAUCGUGGUUCCACUUAUCGCUCUAAUGGAAAAUAUUGCCAUCUGCAAAGCAUUCUCUAAUGGCAAACCAGUGGAUGCCACGCAGGAAUUAAUUGCGAUUGGAGUUGCAAACAUUGCCAAUUCCUUCGUGCAAGGUUUUCCCGGUACCGGAUCACUCAGCCGAAGUGCCGUUAACAACGCUUCGGGUGUUCGAACGCCUCUCGGGAAUAUUUACACUGGAGCCCUUGUGGUGCUUUCGCUGCUAUUUUUCACGCCAUACUUCUCCUACAUUCCGAAGGCGACACUUGCGGCCAUCAUCAUAGCAGCAGUCGUUUUCAUGGUUGAGGUCAAAGUCGUGAAACCUAUGUGGCGAACUAAGAAGAGUGACCUGAUUCCUGGCUUAGGAACAUUCAUUGCAUGUCUUGCCUUGCCGUUGGAGAUCGGUAUUCUCCUCGGAGUGGGGCUCAACGUCGUUUUCAUACUGUAUCACGCGGCUCGGCCGAAGAUUUCCGUUGAACGGCUAACGAGCCCAGCCGGUGCCGAGUACCUGAUAAUCACUCCAGAUCGUUGUCUGAUUUUCCCAUCUGUUGAUUACGUUCGUAAUCUAGUAACCAAACAUUCCAUUCGGCAAUCCCUUCCAGUUGUCAUCGACUGUUCGCACGUGUAUGGUGCUGACUACACGGCCGCCACGGUCAUCGACAGCAUUACGCGGGAUUUUGUCAAACGAGAUCAACCGUUGUUCUUCUAUAAUCUUAAACCGAGUGUUUGUGCCGUAUUCGAGGGACUUUCGCCUGCCGAUUUCGUAGUUUACUACAGAGAGGAAGACCUGGACCAGCUAAUGAAAGAACGUGCUCAUAACCCAAAACAGGUUCUUAGCGCAUAAGCGUUUGGUCAAAGCAUGACUAGCUUAUUACCAUCAGUAUUGGAGAGAACAUUCGAUGCCAAUUGUCGGUAACUUUCUAAAACCGACAGUGUAGAGUGGACGGUCUCAAAAACGACGUCAAUAUUCGCCAAUUGUGAAGCAGAAAACAACCGCGGAAAAGGUUUCCUUUCAUUCCUAUUUAAUUAGUAGAAGUAUUUAUAACCGAAUGACGGUGGAAAUAUUCGAAGGUUUAUAUUUAUUUGCUUUCAAUUGUUCAACAACGCGUGAACCAAUUGGCAAUUCGCAGUGGUUUCAAGUUGAAUGUUAAGUGAAAAGAUUAGUGAAGUGUUACCAUUACAAUGUAUUUACAGUUCUGUAAAUUUAAAAUGUUAAUGAAGUUUAGCUGACAAACGAUUCCAACACAUCAGACCAAACAGCUAAUUUAUGGUAUCCUCAAAAUUGCAUUGUUUUAUUGUUGAGAAUUUUGUACGGAAAUUUUCAGGCCAUAUCAUUAAUAUGUAUUAGACUUUUAGGUAUCAUUUUUUUGUUUUCCUAGUUUGAAGAUACGAAAUGUGUACUUAAACACGAGACCUAGUUUGCAUGAAAGGCCCCGAUACUGUUUAUACAUGCAAUAUGUAGUGAAAAGUAAAAAAUACUGUGAUAAGCUUUAUCAAUAAAUGUUGAAAGUUCAAUAUCUGUGAA